CCGGCCCCGGGGGCGGCGGGCCCGGCACGGCCCGGCCAUGCUCGGCCUGGACGUGUGCGAGGCCGGCGGGCAGCUGCUGGAGCUGCUCUGGCUGGCGCUGUGCUACCGAGACAUCAUGGCUGACAAGGAGGGGGUGACGCUAUCGCUGGAGGAGGAGGAGGAGGAUGCCGACGCGGCCCUGGCGUACAAGACGCCGGAGAAGAAGAGCCUGCGGGAGAUCCAGGAGCUGGACCCGGGGGAUGAGAGCCUGCGGAAAUACAAGCAGGCGCUGCUGGGCGCCAUCCCCGCUGCCGUGGAUGCCAGCGUGCCCAACGUGCAGGUGACAAAGCUGACACUGAUGUGCGAGCAGGCGCCAGGGCCCAUCACCAUGGACCUGACAGGAGACCUGGAGGAGCUGAGAGGCCGGGCCUUUGUGCUGAAGGAAGGGGUGGACUACAGAGUGAAGGUGUCCUUCAAGGUGAACAGGGAGAUCGUCUGCGGGCUGCGCUGCUUGCACCUCACCUACCGCCGGGGCCGGCCCGUGGACCGCGACGUGUUCAUGGUGGGCAGCUACGCGCCGCGGGCCGAGGAGUACGAGGUGGUGACGCCGGCGGAGGAGGCGCCGCGGGGGUGGCUGGCGCGGGGCUCCUACCGCGUCCGCUCGCUCGUCACCGACGACGACAAGGCCGAGCACCUGAGCUGGGAGUGGGGCCUGUGCAUAAAGAAGGCUUGGGAGGACUGAGCCCGCCCCGCUGCCGCUCCCCCCGCGCUCGGGGCCCGGGGGCCGCCGUCCCGGCACCGCCGCGCUUGCCCCGGUCGCGUCAGGGGUUCGGGGGGGUCCCUUAGCGAGUGAGAGCCCGUGGUCGUGGUCUUCGCAACCAAAGUUAUUUUUAAUUGCUCUUUUUUUUUAAACCUCGACGCCCGCCUGGUCCUCACGGCGUGCCCAUGGCUGGGGCCGGGGCUGUGACCCUGCCGUGGCGGUGCCGUGCCCGGUACCCGCCCGCUCGCAGGCUGUGCUCUUCCAUCGCCAUUAAACCCUACAGACUGGUCUCUUA